CUCGCAGCAAAGGAACGAAGAGUAUGUUGGCCGUCGCAACCCCGAUGGCGCCGAAAGCCAGCACAGCCUCGGGCAUCUUGGCCUUACUCGAAGAGCAAGACGACGUGCUUCGCGCGCACGCGCUCCAGAAGCUUCACGACGUCGUGGACCAUUACUGGGCGGAGAUCGCGGACGCUGUUCCGCUCAUCGAAAGUCUCUCGGAAGAAGAUGCGUUCCCGCACCGCGAGCUGGCAGCGUCGGUCGCGUCCAAGUGCUUCUUUCAUCUCGAGGAAUACCACGACGCGCUCCGCUUGGCCCUCGGCGCCGGCAAGUACUUUGACGUCAACAGCUCGUCGCCCUACACAGAAACCAUCAUUGCGACGUGCAUUGACGAGUACAUUGCCAUCCGCACGAGCGCGGACCCAGCGCCGCUGGACCCGCGCCUCCAGGCGAUUGUAGAGCAGAUGUUUGACCGGUGCUACGCGUCGGGCACGUACAAGCAGGCGCUUGGCGUCGCCCUCGAAGCGCGCCGCCUCGACAAGGUCGACGAGAGUCUGCGCAAGUCGUCGGACGUGAGCGCGAUGCUGUCGUACUGCUUUGAGAUUUGCCGCACGAUGGUGACGAACCGCGCGUUCCGCCUCCAGGUCAUCAACGUCAUGGUCGAGGUGUACAACUCGCUGCCUGUGCCCGAGUACUCGAACGUGAGCCAGUGUUUGCAGCUGCUCGACAAGCACGGCGACGUGGCCGCGCUCCUCGUCUCGCUCGUGCAGCCGGCCAAGGCGCUCGACGACGCGCUCGUCGCGUACCAGGUCGCAUUCGACUUGGCGGCCAACGACAACCAAAAGUUCCUCACGAGUGUGCUCGGCGCGCUUCCGGAGGACGCGGCGAACGACCGUCUCUCGACGCUGCGCAAGAUCCUCCAGGGCGACUUCUCGGUCGACCUCUUCCUCGACUUUAUGUUCCGGCAGUCGGACGCCGACCCGCUCGUGAUGAAGAACAUCAAGGUCGCAGUCGAGAACCGCAACUCGGUCUUGCACAACGCGGCGGUGUGCAGCCACGCGCUCAUGCACUGCGGCACGACCGUCGACACGUUCUUGCGCGAGAACCUCGACUGGCUCGGGAAGGCCUCCAAUUGGGCCAAGUUCACGGCCACGGCCAGCAUCGGCGUCAUCCACAAGGGCCAUACGCGCGAGAGCAUGAACCUCCUCGCGCCGUACCUGCCAUCGACGCCCGGCGUGCCGUCGCCGACCUCCAACCCGUACUCGGAGGGCGGCGCGCUCUACGCGCUCGGCCUUAUCCACGCCAACAAGGGCUCGUCGACGACGCUCGAGUACCUCCGCGCGGCGCUGCGCAGCUCGGGCACGGACGAGGUCGUGCAGCACGGCGCGUGCCUCGGUAUCGGCCUCGUAGGCAUGGCCACGGCCAACCCCGAGAUCUACGAGGAGCUCAAGAACAUCCUCUUCACGGACAAUGCGGUCGCGGGCGAGGGCGCGGGCCUCGCGAUCGGCCUCGUGCACUGCGGUGCGGGCGACACGCCGGUGGGCGGCGACAUGAUCAAGGAGCUCUUGAGCUACGCGCACGACACCAAGCACGAGAAGAUCAUCCGCGGCGCGGUCAUGGGCAUCGCGCUCAUGCUCUACGGCCGCGAAGAGCACGCCGAGGCGGUGAUUGAGCAGCUCACGCGCGACAAGGACCCGAUCGUGCGCUACGGCGGCGUCUACACGAUCGCGAUGGCGUACGUCGGCACGGCCAACAACCAGGCCGUCAAGCGUCUUUUGCACAUUGCCGUGAGCGACGUGAGCGACGACGUGCGCCGCGCGGCGGUCACGUGCCUCGGCUUUGUGCUCUUCCGCACGCCGGCGCAGGUCCCCAAGCUCGUCUCGCUCCUCGCCGAGAGCUUUAACCCCCACGUGCGCUACGGCGCGUGCAUCGCCGUCGGCAUCGCGUGCGCCGGCACCUUCAAGAACGAAGCGAUCCAGCUGCUCGAGCCCAUGCUCGACGACGCGGUCGACUAUGUGCGCCAGGGCGCGCUCUUCGCGCUCGCGAUGGUCGUCAUGCAAGAGUCGGACGGGCGGUCGCCCAAGGUCAAGGAGAUCACGGAGAAGAUGCGCAAGCUCACGUCGGACAAGCACGUGACGACGAUGACCAAGAUGGGCGCGGUCCUCGCGCAGGGUCUGCUCGACGCCGGUGGCCGCAACGUUGCGAUUUCGCUCCAGUCGCACACGGGCUUCACAAAGAUGUCGUCGGUCGUCGGCCUUGCGCUCUGGGCGCAGCACUGGUUCUGGUACCCGCUGCACCACUUUAUCGAGCUCGCGUUCCAGCCGACGGUCGCGAUCGGCCUCAACAAGGACCUCAAGAUGCCCACGUCGUUUGGGUUGACGUGCAGCACGAAGCCGUCGGCGUUCGCAUACCCCAAGCGCCUUGAGGAGAAGAAGGAGGAGAAGAAGGAGCUUGUCGCGACCGCGAUCCUCUCGACGACCGCCAAGGCCAAGGCGCGUCUCGCCAAGCAGGAGGCCAAGGAGGCCGCGCCGGUCGCGGAAGACAAGCCCGACGAGGAGAUGGCGGCGCCGGCCCCGAAAAAGGUCAAGGAGCCGACGUCGUUUACGCUCAAGAACCCGGCGCGCGUGACGCUCGCGCAGGAGCAGCACCUCGCGUUCGACUGGAGCCAGCGCUACGUGCCGGUGGUCGCCACGCGCCGGCCCGCGGGCAUCAUCAUUCUCAAGGACCGGACGCCGACCGACGCCGAGGUGGUGGUGGCGGUACAGGCGCCGUCGCAAGGCAGCGCGGGGGCCGAAGAGGAGGCCGAGCCGCCGGCGCCGUUCGAGUGGGAGCCGCCGGCUCCGUAAAGCGACGAGGCGAAUGAUGUCGACCGUCGGGUUUAUAUGAAAUGCUGAUCAACAUGGGUUACUUUUGUCCUUGCC